AUGGCUGACCCAAUUGUGGAAGAGCUCAAUGAGCGCUUCGCAAGCGGCGGCACACCCCUCGAGGUCGACGUCAUGGGCGAGCUCCAAUCCAUUAUGCGACUGCACCAACUGUCCCCGCAGGACCUCUUCUUCAAAUGGGAGUCCUAUUGCAUCAAGAUGGACAUGGAUGGAUUGCGCCCCAAGUAUGACACCAUCCGCGGGUUCAAGCAGGAUUUGCAAGACACCUUGGAGCGCAACAACCGAUCACAAGCCGCCCACAUUAAGACUGAGAAGCGCAUGGGUGCCACCCCUCGAGCCGCUGUAAAGGGGGCCGCAGGCGAUGUUUUUGGCAUGCUGGACGGACUUGUCCCAAGCACUCCUGGGACGACCAAGUUGAACAAAUCGGCCUCGGCCAGGAGAAAGAACAUGGAGACACCUUCGAUUUCCAGAGUAAAAUCAGAACAUCCUGCCAGCUCUCCAACGCUAGAGCGUCAGCUGGACUCACUCGGUGCAUUGACUCCAAGCUCGUUCAAUGACAGAGCUAACCCGGGCGAGAUAAUCGAAGUUCUCAACAACCAACUACCUGCCGCCGAACCCCCGAUCGCCCCCUUUAGCGAGUCGCGCAUCAAGCUCACCGCAGCUUCGGACCUCAAGAAACUCGGAUACCGGCCUAUGGCUAUGAAACUCUCCGAAGCGUCUGAGAUCUUGGAUGACCGAAUAGAAGAGUUUACAAAUUUUGUCAUGGAGCACCACAACCUUGAUGAGUCUGCUUUUGGCAGUGCAGCAAAUCAGAGCACGUCAGAAAUUAUAUGUGUGGGACGGAUAGCUUCGGACACGUCAGAAGGCAGGCUCAACGCCGCAUCGCUGGUUUUGGAGACAUCACGACGAAGUGGAGGCGGACUUCGCGCGCCCCUGAAUCUGCAGAAGCUCGCUGGAUAUCAGUUCUUCCCCGGCCAAAUAGUGGCUCUCAGGGGCACCAACGCCUCGGGGCAUGAGUUCAACGUAUCUGAGGUUCUUCAGCUCCCGCUGCUACCAAAUGCAGCAUCAACACCAGAAGCCUUGGAGGCACACCGUCAAAGGUUACAAGGCGGUCCUGAUGCCAUGGACUCAGAUAGCGACCCGAUGCCCCUAAACGUCAUGUUCGCUUCAGGGCCGUAUUCAGCAGACGACAACCUCGACUUUGAGCCACUUCAUACUAUUUGCAAUCAAGCCGCCGAAACAUACGCCGAUGCCCUGGUGCUCACAGGGCCCUUUAUUGAUAUUGACCAUCCGCUGAUAGCAGCCGGUGACUUUGAUCUUCCAGAAGAUGCGAACAUCGACCCUGACCAAGCCACCAUGGCAACGCUUUUCAAAUACAUGAUAUCGCCAGCCCUGAACCAACUUGCCGCUUCCAAUCCGCAAGUCACAAUUCUUCUCGUACCCUCUGUGCGAGAUGCCAUAGACAAGCACGUUUCGUGGCCGCAAGACGCAUUCCUAAGGAAGGACCUCGGUCUGCCCAAGGCAGCUAAAAUUGUGGGCAAUCCAAUGACCUUCUCGAUCAACGAGACCUUGGUGGGCAUAUCAUCACAGGACGUGCUCUACCAGCUCCAGGGCAGCGUGCUAGCGGGCGGUAGGACUCCCGACGGAGUGGACAGGCUGUCACGUCUGGCCAGGAACGUUAUCGAGCAACGUCAUUAUUUCCCUCUAUUCCCUCCCAUGGACAGGUCAAAACUCCCAAAGACAGGCACUGUUGAGGAGUUGGCGCUGGGCUCAAUGCUGGACGUGAGCUAUCUCAAGCUGGGAGAGAUGGUCAACGUGCGCCCCGACGUGCUGGUGCUGCCUAGUGCAAUGCCUCCGUUUGCUCGGGUUGUGGAAAGUGUGCUAGUAAUCAACCCUGGAUAUUUGUCCAAGAGGCGUGGUCCAGGCACAUAUGCACGGAUGACUUUGUAUCCUCCCAAGGUUCCACAGGAAGGAAUAGCACAUGGAGUCGUUGGUCAUAGUGUAUAUGAAAGGGCAAGGGUUGAAAUAACGAGAAUAUAG